GUGUCAAGCAGUUUUCUUUCCCAAAAGGCCUGGUUCUCAAGGACUGUAGUGGAAAAGCAUGAAUCGUCUGCGGCAGCCGGUUAGGGAACGUUCUCGGAAUGCUCCGCGCUCCCGUUCCCGUUCCCGUUCGCGACCCAGUUCUCGAUCCCGACCCACCCGUUCGGAUACAAUCUUCUCAGACAAGCCGCGACUGCAGCGACGUCUGGGCCGGGCGCCCACAUCCUGGGACGUUCCACCGGAGGGAUAUGGCCAACUGACUCCGCUGCAGUACAAGGCCAUGCAGGCCAGCGGGCAGAUUGCCUCGCGGAUUGUCCCGGACGCCAUGCCCACGGGGGAAUCGGCCGCGAUUGCGAUGAUUACGCGACAAGCACGCCGUCUGUAUGUGGGAAACAUACCAUUCGGAGUUACGGAGGAGGAAAUGAUGAAGUUCUUCAAUCAGCAGCUCUUGGCACUGGGACUCGCUGGUGCACAGUAUAUGGAUGGCAAGGCUGUGCUGACCUGCCAAACGAAUCUGGAGAAGAACUUCGCCUUCCUGGAAUUUCGCUCCAUGGACGAGGCCACCCAGGCCUUGAACUUCGAUGGGAUUCUCUUCCGCGGACAGGUCCUGAAGAUACGAAGGCCACACGACUAUCAGCCAGUGCCCUCGAUACGGGUCUCCGCCAUGGAGAGCUACAGGUCAUUUAGGCUGCCGGACAACACCGUCACCCAUCCUCCGCUGGCUACCAUUCCUUUGUCCUCCAUAGUGCCCGAUUCGCCCAAUAAGAUCUUCGUAGGUGGCUUGCCCACCUGCCUGGGCCAGGACCAGAUCAGGGAUCUGCUGCAGUCGUUCGGGGAACUGAAGAGACUCAAUCUGGUGAAGGAUACCAACACAUGCCUGAGCAAGGGAUUCGCCUUCUUCGAGUACUUCGAUCCUACGGUCACUGAUCACGCCAUAGCUGGCUUGCACGGCAUGCAGUUGGGGAAUCGCCGGCUGGUUGUCCAGCGGUCCAUUCCAGGCGGCAAGCACGCAGUCUCCGGACAACAGCCCUUAGUUCAGGUGCCGGGAAUAUCCACGCUACUAGACCCUGGUUCCCCUACCGAGAUCAUCUGCCUGCUGAACAUGGUUCUGCCGGAGGAGCUGCUGGACAACGAGGAGUUCGAGGACAUUCGCACGGACAUCGAGCAGGAGUGCGCCAAGUACGGCGAGGUUCGAAGCAUCAAGAUCCCACGUCCCAUUGGCCAGGCUCCGAAGCGGGGCUGUGGCAAGGUCUUCGUCCAGUUCGAGUCCGUGGAGGAUUCCCAGAGGGCGCUGAAGGCGUUGAGCGGACGCAAGUUCAGCGGGCGCAUCGUGAUGACCUCGUUCUACGAUCCCGAAAAGUAUCUGCUGGAUGAUCUCCAGUAAUAGCUAAA